AUGCCUCGCGGCUACUACCUCGGCCAGGGAUUGAUCCCCCUUGGCUACAGCAGCAGUGACGACGAGGAAGGCCCCUGCAAGCUGCCCAACGGUCGCGUUGUCUGUGGACCCCACGGUCUGGUCGUUUGCGGGAGGUGCUGCACCGACUACAGUUUUAUGGACGACGUCUUGGAUGACGACGACGAUGAAGAUUGGGAUGAGGAGGAAGACGAAGACGAAGAGCCCGACGAACCGUCGGUGCCAGGGACUGAGAUGGUGAGGGGCACCGGCAAGGUGUUCCCGUCCAAGUUUGUGCCGUCCAACAGCAACACGACACCGCUGGAAGAAUUUCCCAACCGUCACCGACACAUCGAAGCAGUUCGACGCACCCACUCCAACGACAACACCAAGGUCCUCCUCAUGACUGACGGCGCAUGCCUCGACAACGGACAGCCUAACCCGAGGGCUGGCUGGGCAUUCUUCCAAGGGGAGAGCAUCGAGGGGGAGCCGGACGUGGUCUCGGGCCGCCUGGAGAACCGCGGCCCCUGGGGAGACGAAGGCAGCCAGACGAGCAACCGCGCUGAGCUGCGGGCCGUGCUCGCGGCCCUCCGCUUCCGAUGGUGGCGCGGCGAAGGCUUCAAGACGGUCGUCAUCGCUACCGACUCGUCAUAUGUCGUGGACGGCGCGACGCAGUGGGUCAGGGGCUGGGUGGACAACGGUUGGAGGACCCGCCCGAAGGGAAGCGGCGGCGGCGGCGAGGUCAAGAACAAGGACCUGUGGGAGAUGCUGCUGGGCGAGUGCGAGAGGGUUCGCGGCUGCGGCCUGGCGGUCCAGUUCUGGAAGAUCCCGCGCGAGUGGAACACUUUGGCUGACGAGGGCGCCAAGACAGCUGCCGCCGAGGGAGACGCUCCUGACCACUGGGGAGACAUCAUGGGUAUAGCGUUCAAGUUGUGA